UAUGUCCGCCAUGUUAGUGUCUGACGCAGGCGCCAUUACAGGAGCCGUCUCUCUCGAGGCGACCGUGUCCGCCUAAGUUGUCGGUCCGCAGCGCUGUUUGGGAGCCUUAAGAGGCUUGCUAAGCGCCUGAGAUUAAAGGCCAAGAGGAAGAAGAGCAAGAAGGGCAACCCAGUGUUUAACACAGGGCUUCCAGGCGCUCUCAGGUGGCGCCAAGUUCAGUUUCGACAGGGAUAUGCAUCCGGGAGAGAAUUUUUCAGCCCCCGCCCCCACUGGGAUGUGAGAGGAAGAACUCGCUGUUGCCCUGUGUCUCCCCCAGUGCGUUCUAUAACCAGCCUCAUUUUUUUUUUUUUUAGCAAUAGGCCGGAUGUCCUAAGCGACCAGCAUUCAAAGCCUGGUGCAUCAGGAGUCAGGCAUGUCACGAGAUUUUUCCGCGGUAGCUGGUCAGCUCUGACUCGUGAGCGGCGCACAAUUGGCUAAGAAUGGGUUUAGCAUUUUGGCGCUCCCACUCGAAGCUCCUGGAAACACUGCGUGGCACCCCGUACCACUGUCACAUUAAUAAACGUGCUAGGGCUUGGGUGUCUCGGCUGGGGAGCAGUCAGGCCGCGCCCAGGGCGGGAGGGAAUCAGACUUGAUUCUCCUUGCCGCGGAGACCCAGGGCCGCGCGGACCAGUGGGACAGAGCAAUGGCAGCCCGAGUACUUAUAAUUGGCAGUGGAGGAAGGGAACAUACGCUGGCCUGGAAACUUGCACAGUCUCAUCAUGUCAAACAAGUGUUGGUUGCCCCAGGAAACGCAGGCACUGCCUGCUCUGAAAAGAUUUCAAAUACCGCCAUCUCAGUCAGUGACCACACUGCCCUUGCUCAAUUCUGCAAAGAGGAGAAAAUUGAAUUUGUAGUUGUUGGACCAGAAGCACCUCUGGCUGCUGGGAUUGUUGGGAACCUGAUGUCUGCAGGAGUGCGAUGCUUUGGCCCAACAGCAGAAGCGGCUCAGUUAGAGUCCAGCAAAAGGUUUGCCAAAGAGUUUAUGGACAGACAUGGAAUCCCAACUGCACAAUGGAAGGCUUUCACCAAACCUGAAGAGGCCUGCAGCUUCAUUUUGAGUGCAGACUUCCCUGCUUUGGUGGUGAAGGCCAGUGGUCUUGCAGCUGGAAAAGGGGUGAUUGUUGCAAAGAGCAAAGAAGAGGCCUGCAAAGCUGUACAAGAGAUCAUGCAGGAGAAAGCCUUUGGGGCAGCUGGAGAAACAAUUGUUAUUGAAGAACUUCUUGACGGAGAAGAGGUGUCUUGUCUGUGUUUCACUGAUGGCAGGACUGUGGCCCCCAUGCCCCCAGCACAGGACCAUAAGCGUUUACUGGAGGGAGAUGGCGGCCCUAACACAGGGGGAAUGGGAGCCUAUUGUCCGGCCCCUCAGGUUUCUAAUGAUCUAUUACUAAAAAUUAAAGAUACUGUUCUUCAGAGGACAGUGGAUGGCAUGCAGCAAGAGGGUACUCCAUAUACAGGUAUUCUCUAUGCUGGAAUAAUGCUGACCAAGGAUGGCCCAAAAGUUCUAGAGUUUAAUUGCCGUUUUGGUGAUCCAGAGUGCCAAGUAAUCCUCCCACUUCUUAAAAGUGAUCUUUAUGAAGUGAUUCAGUCCACCUUAGAUGGAAUGCUCUGCACAUCUCUGCCUGUUUGGCUAGAAAACCACACCGCCCUAACUGUUGUCAUGGCAAGUAAAGGUUAUCCUGGAGACUACACCAAGGGUGUAGAGAUAACAGGGUUUCCUGAGGCUCAAGCUCUAGGACUGGAGGUGUUCCACGCAGGCACUGCCCUCAAAAAUGGCAAAGUAGUAACUCAUGGGGGUAGAGUUCUUGCAGUCACAGCCAUCCGGGAAAAUCUCAUAUCAGCCCUCGAGGAAGCCAAGAAAGGACUAGCUGCUAUAAACUUUGAGGGAGCAAUUUAUAGGAAAGACAUCGGCUUUCGUGCCAUAGCUUUCCUCCAGCAGCCCAGGGGUUUGACUUACAAGGAAUCUGGAGUAGACAUUGCAGCUGGAAAUAUGCUGGUCAAGAAAAUUCAGCCUUUAGCAAAAGCCACUUCCAGAUCAGGCUGUAAAGUUGAUCUUGGAGGUUUUGCUGGUCUUUUUGAUUUAAAAGCAGCUGGUUUCAAAGAUCCCCUUCUGGCCUCUGGAACAGAUGGCGUUGGAACUAAACUAAAGAUUGCCCAGCUGUGCAAUAAACAUGAUACCAUUGGUCAAGAUUUGGUAGCAAUGUGUGUUAAUGAUAUUCUGGCACAAGGAGCAGAGCCCCUCUUCUUCCUUGAUUACUUUUCCUGUGGAAAACUUGACCUCAGUGUAACUGAAGCUGUUGUUGCUGGCAUUGCCAAAGCUUGUGGAAAAGCUGGAUGUGCUCUCCUUGGAGGUGAAACAGCAGAAAUGCCUGACAUGUAUCCACCUGGAGAGUAUGACCUAGCUGGGUUUGCCGUUGGUGCCAUGGAGCGAGAUCAGAAACUCCCUCACCUAGAAAGAAUCACUGAGGGUGAUGAUGUUGUUGGAAUAGCUUCAUCUGGUCUUCAUAGCAAUGGAUUUAGCCUUGUGAGGAAAAUCGUGGCAAAAUCUUCCCUCCAGUACUCCUCUCCAGCGCCUGAUGGUUGUGGUGACCAGACUUUAGGGGACUUACUUCUCACGCCUACCAGAAUCUACAGCCAUUCACUGUUACCCGUCCUACGUUCAGGACAUGUCAAAGCCUUUGCCCAUAUUACUGGUGGAGGAUUACUAGAGAACAUCCCCAGAGUCCUCCCUGAGAAACUUGGGGUAGAUUUAGAUGCCCAGACCUGGAGGAUCCCCAAGGUCUUCUCAUGGUUACAGCAGGAAGGACACCUCUCUGAGGAAGAGAUGGCCAGAACAUUUAACUGUGGGGUUGGCGCUGUCCUUGUGGUAUCAAAGGAGCAGACAGAGCAGAUUCUGAGGGAUAUCCAGCAGCACAAGGAAGAAGCCUGGGUGAUUGGCAGUGUGGUUGCACGAGCUGAAGGUUCCCCACGUGUGAAAGUCAAGAAUCUGAUUGAAAGCAUGCAAAUAAAUGGGUCAGUGUUGAAGAAUGGCUCCCUGACAAAUGAUUUCUCUUUUGAAAAAAAAAAGGCCAGAGUGGCUGUCUUAAUAUCUGGAACAGGAUCGAACCUGCAAGCACUCAUAGACAGUACUCGGGAACCAAAUAGUUCUGCACAAAUCGAUAUUGUUAUCUCCAACAAAGCCGCAGUAGCUGGGUUAGAUAAAGCGGAAAGAGCUGGUAUUCCCACUAGAGUAAUUAAUCAUAAAUUGUAUAAAAAUCGUGUAGAAUUUGACAGUGCAAUUGACCUAGUCCUUGAAGAGUUCUCCAUAGACAUAGUCUGUCUUGCAGGAUUCAUGAGAAUUCUUUCUGGCCCCUUUGUCCGAAAGUGGAAUGGAAAAAUGCUCAAUAUCCACCCAUCCUUGCUCCCUUCUUUUAAGGGUUCGAAUGCCCAUGAGCAAGCCCUGGAAACCGGAGUCACAGUUACUGGGUGCACUGUACACUUUGUAGCUGAAGAUGUAGACGCUGGGCAAAUUAUUUUGCAAGAAGCUGUUCCCGUGAAGAGGGAUGAUACUGUCGCAACUCUUUCUGAAAGAGUAAAACUAGCAGAACAUAAAAUAUUUCCUGCAGCCCUUCAGCUGGUGGCCAGUGGAACUGUACAGCUUGGAGAAAAUGGCAAGAUCUGUUGGGUUAAAGAGGAAUGAACCCUUUUAAUUCAGAAAUGGGACCAGUUUUGAAAGAAUUAUUUGCUGUUUGCAUGGUGGUUUUUUAUCAUGGACUUGGCCCAAAAGAAAAACUGCUAAAAGAUAAAAAAGACCUCGCCUUUACUUCAUCUAUUUUUUAAUAAAUAGAGACUCAUUAAAAACAA